AUGGUCCUGUUGCUUCUUGUGUCCUGUCUGUUCUUUUCCUACCUGACCUUCUCCUGGUUAAAAUUCUGGAAGACCAUGACUGACUCCAGCCUGAGCAGCAAGAGCAGAUCCAAAGCGAGCUUAGCUACUGACCAGAAGUCCUUCUCCGCUCCGGACAGCUCCGAGGAGCCCAUGCUGGGGAAGGAUGGCUGCAGCUCCCUACCAAAGACACCUGCACCUCUCCGAGACCCCAAAGACACUUCCCGGCAGGGUGCUUCCCGGCCACCCCCACACCAGAAGCCUCAGAAACAUUCUCCUUCCUCUGAUGGCCCAUCGGCCACCUCAGAACCCCAAGCCAAUGGGACAGCAACCAUAACUCCAGAAAGCAAUGGUCCGUCCUCCCCAGCCGGGCCCCAGGCCCAGCAGGCUAGGGCCACCUCUAGAGAAGAUGAGAAGCAGGCUCACCUCAAGAGGCAGCUGAUGACCAACUUCAUCCUGGGCUCCUUUGAUGACAACUCCUCUGACGAGGACACGGGCGCUGGCUCGUUCCGAGAAUCUUCCCGGAAGGGCAGCCGGGCCAGCCUGGGGACCCUGUCUCUGGAUGCUGCUGUGACUGCUGGCGAGUCUGAAGCUACUGCCCUCACCAUCAGGCCAAGCAUGUCAGGACUCCACCUGGUGAAGAGGGGCCGUGAGCACAAGAAGUUGGAUCUGCACCGAGACUUUACUGUGGCUUCCCCUGCCGAGUUUGUCACACGCUUUGGGGGGAAUCGGGUCAUUGAGAAGGUCCUCAUCGCCAACAACGGCAUCGCCGCUGUCAAGUGUAUGCGCUCCAUCCGCAGGUGGGCCUACGAGAUGUUCCGGAACGAGCGGGCCAUCCGCUUCGUGGUCAUGGUGACCCCCGAGGACCUCAAGGCCAAUGCAGAAUACAUCAAGAUGGCAGAUCAGUAUGUCCCUGUCCCAGGGGGGGCCAAUAACAACAAUUACGCCAACGUGGAGUUGAUCGUGGACAUUGCCAAGAGAAUCCCUGUGCAGGCUGUGUGGGCUGGCUGGGGCCACGCUUCUGAAAACCCUAAGCUUCCGGAGCUCCUGCACAAGCAUGAGAUUGCCUUCCUAGGUCCACCCAGUGAGGCCAUGUGGGCUCUGGGGGAUAAGAUCGCAUCGACCAUCGUGGCUCAGACGCUGCAGAUCCCAACGCUGCCCUGGAGUGGAAGUGGUCUGAUGGUGGAGUGGGCAGAGGACGGGUUACGGCAGGGCGAAACGAUCAGUGUCCCAGAGGAUGUAUAUGAAAGGGGUUGUGUGAAGGACAUUGAUGAGGGCUUGGAGGCUGCAGAAAAGAUAGGUUUCCCAUUGAUGAUCAAAGCUUCGGAAGGUGGUGGAGGGAAAGGAAUCCGGAAAGCAGAGAGUGCAGAGGACUUCCCAAUUCUUUUUAGACAAGUGCAGAGUGAGAUCCCGGGCUCUCCCAUCUUCCUCAUGAAGCUGGCCCAGCACGCUCGUCACCUGGAGGUCCAAGUUCUCGCUGACCAGUAUGGAAAUGCUGUGUCACUCUUUGGCCGAGAUUGCUCCAUCCAGCGGCGACAUCAGAAGAUCAUUGAAGAGGCGUCAGUCACCAUUGCCGCACCGGCCGUGUUUGAGUUCAUGGAGCAGUGUGCUGUCCGCCUGGCCAAGACCGUGGGUUACGUAAGCGCGGGGACAGUUGAGUACCUCUACAGCCAGGAUGGCAGCUUCCACUUCCUGGAGUUGAACCCCCGUUUGCAGGUUGAACAUCCCUGCACGGAAAUGAUCGCUGAUGUCAACCUGCCAGCUGCCCAGCUUCAGAUUGCCAUGGGUGUCCCGCUGCACCGGCUGAAGGAUAUCCGGCUUCUGUAUGGAGAAUCACCAUGGGGGGUGACCCCCAUUUCAUUUGACAACCCUACCAACCCUCCCCUGGCCCGAGGCCAUGUCAUUGCUGCCAGAAUCACCAGCGAAAAUCCGGAUGAGGGUUUCAAGCCAAGCUCUGGGACUGUCCAGGAACUCAAUUUCCGCAGCAACAAGAACGUAUGGGGUUACUUCAGCGUGGCCGCAGCCGGUGGGCUACACGAGUUUGCAGACUCCCAGUUUGGACAUUGCUUCUCCUGGGGAGAAAACCGAGAAGAGGCCAUUUCGAACAUGGUGGUGGCGUUGAAGGAACUGUCCAUCCGAGGAGACUUCAGGACAACUGUGGAGUAUCUCAUCAACCUCCUGGAGACCGAGAGCUUCCAGAACAAUGAUAUUGACACCGGGUGGUUAGACCACCUCAUCGCCCAGAAAGUGCAGGCGGAGAAACCAGAUGUGAUGCUUGGGGUGGUGUGUGGAGCCUUGAACGUGGCAGACGCCAUGUUCAGGACGUGCAUGACGGACUUCCUGCACUCACUGGAAAGGGGCCAGGUUCUCCCCGCGGAUUCUCUGCUGAACAUUGUGGAUGUGGAAUUAAUUUAUGGAGGCGUUAAGUAUAUGCUCAAGGUGGCCCGCCAGUCUCUGACUAUGUUUGUGCUCAUCAUGAAUGGCUGUCACAUCGAGAUCGACGCCCAUCGGCUGAACGAUGGGGGGCUUCUGCUGUCUUACAAUGGAAACAGCUAUACCACCUACAUGAAGGAAGAGGUUGACAGUUACCGAGUUACUAUUGGCAACAAGACGUGCGUGUUUGAGAAGGAGAAUGACCCCUCAGUCCUGAGAUCGCCGUCGGCUGGGAAGCUGAUCCAGUAUACAGUGGAGGAUGGGGGCCACGUUGAGGCUGGGAGCAGCUACGCCGAGAUGGAGGUGAUGAAGAUGAUCAUGACGCUGAAUGUGCAGGAGAGCGGCCAGGUGAGGUACAUCAAGCGGCCGGGCGCCGUGCUGGAGGCCGGCUGUGUGGUGGCCAGGCUGGAGUUGGACGACCCUUCCAAAGUGCACCCGGCUGAGCCCUUCCUGGGGGAGCUCCCUGCCCAGCCCACUCUGCCCAUCCUCGGGGAGAAGCUGCACCAGGUGUUCCACAGCGUCCUGGAAAACUUGACCAACGUCAUGAAUGGCUACUGUCUUCCUGAGCCCAUUUUCAGCAUCAAGCUGAAGGAGUGGGUGCAGAAGCUCAUGAUGACCCUCCGGCACCCGUCACUACCACUGCUGGAGCUACAGGAGAUCAUGACCAGUGUGUCGGGCCGUAUCCCUUCCCCCGUGGAGAAGGCCGUGCGCAGGGUGAUGGCCCAGUAUGCCAGUAAUAUCACCUCGGUGCUGUGCCAGUUCCCCAGCCAGCAGAUAGCCACUAUCCUAGACUGUCACGCAGCCACACUGCAGCGCAAAGCUGACCGCGAGGUCUUCUUCAUGAACACCCAGAGCAUCGUCCAGCUGGUACAGAGGUACCGCAGUGGGACUCGCGGCUACAUGAAGGCGGUGGUUUUGGAUCUCCUGCGGAGAUAUUUACAGGUUGAGCAUCACUUCCAACAAGCCCACUAUGACAAGUGUGUGAUCAACCUCAGGGAGCGGUUCAAGCCGGACAUGUCCCAGGUGUUAGACUGUAUCUUCUCUCACGCGCAGGUGGCCAAGAAGAACCAGCUGGUGAUCAUGUUGAUUGAUGAACUCUGUAGCCCAGACCCUGCCCUGUCUGAUGAGCUGACCUCCAUCCUCAACGAGCUCACUCAGCUGAGCAAAAGCGAGCACUGCAAAGUGGCCCUCAGAGCCAGACAGAUCCUGAUUGCCUCCCACCUCCCUUCAUAUGAGCUGAGACACAACCAGGUGGAGUCCAUUUUCCUGUCUGCCAUUGACAUGUACGGCCACCAGUUCUGCCCGGAAAACCUCAAGAAACUGAUCCUUUCAGAAACAACCAUCUUUGAUGUCCUCCCCACUUUCUUCUAUCACACCAACAAAGUUGUGUGCAUGGCUUCCCUGGAGGUGUAUGUGCGGAGGGGCUACAUUGCCUACGAGCUCAACAGUUUACAGCACUGGCAGCUCCCGGACGGCACCUGUGUGGUGGAAUUCCAGUUCAUGCUGCCCUCCUCCCACCCAAACAGGAUGGCCGUGCCCAUCAGCGUGUCCAAUCCUGAUCUGAUGAGGCACAGCACGGAGCUCUUCAUGGACAGCGGCUUCUCCCCGCUGUGCCAGCGCAUGGGGGCCAUGGUCGCCUUCCAGAGGUUCGAGGACUUCACCAGGAACUUUGAUGACGUGAUCUCCUGCUUUGCCAACGUGCCCAAGGACACCCCACUAUUCAGCAAGGCCCAGACCUCCCUGUACUCUGAUGAUGUUGGCAAGGGCAUCAAGGAUGAGCCAAUCCACAUCCUGAACGUGGCCCUGCAGGUGGCAGACCACCUGGAGGACGAGGAGUUGGUCCCCAUCUUCCGGACUUUCGUGCAGUCCAAGAGAAACAUCCUUGUGGAUUACGGACUCCGAAGAAUCACAUUCUUGGUCGCACAAAAGAAAGAAUUUCCCAAGUUCUUCACAUUCCGAGCAAGAGAUGAGUUUGCUGAAGACCGCAUUUACCGUCACCUGGAACCCGCCCUGGCCUUCCAACUGGAGCUCAGCAGGAUGCGAAACUUUGACCUGACGGCUGUGCCCUCUGCCAACCACAAGAUGCACCUGUACCUGGGCGCCGCCAAGGUGAAAGAAGGCGCGGAGGUGACAGACCAUAGGUUCUUCAUCCGGGCCAUCAUCAGGCAUUCGGAUCUGAUCACGAAGGAAGCGUCCUUCGAGUACCUGCAGAACGAGGGUGAGCGUCUGCUCCUGGAGGCCAUGGACGAGCUGGAGGUGGCAUUCAACAACACCAGCGUGCGCACCGACUGCAACCACAUCUUCCUCAACUUUGUGCCCACCGUCAUCAUGGACCCCUACAAGAUUGAGGAGUCGGUGCGCUCCAUGGUCAUGCGCUACGGGAGCCGUCUGUGGAAGCUCCGCGUGCUGCAGGCUGAGGUCAAGAUCAACAUCCGCCAGACCACCAGCAGCACCGCCUUACCCAUCCGCCUGUUCAUCACCAACGAGUCGGGCUACUACUUGGACAUCAGCCUCUACAAGGAAGUGACCGACCCCAGAUCAGGAAAUAUCAUGUUUCAUUCUUUCGGCGACAAACAAGGACCCCAGCAUGGGAUGCUGAUCAACACACCGUAUGUAACCAAAGACCUGCUGCAGGCCAAGCGCUUCCAGGCGCAGUCCCUGGGAACCACAUACGUGUACGACUUUCCGGAAAUGUUCAGACAGGCACUCUUUAAACUCUGGGGCUCCCCAGAGAUGUACCCCAAAGACAUCCUGACGUACACCGAGCUGGUGCUAGACUCGCAGGGGCAUCUGGUGGAGAUGAACCGACUUCCGGGAGGAAAUGAGGUAGGCAUGGUGGCCUUCAAGAUGCGCCUCAAGACCCGAGAGUAUCCAGCCGGGCGGGAUGUGAUUGUCAUCAGCAAUGACAUCACAUUCCGCAUUGGGUCCUUUGGACCUGGGGAAGACCUUCUAUACCUGCGGGCAUCUGAGAUGGCACGGGCAGAGGGCAUCCCCAAAAUCUACCUCGCAGCCAACAGUGGGGCCCGCAUCGGCCUUGCAGAGGAGAUCAAGCACAUGUUCCAGGUGGCAUGGGUGGACCCUGAAGACCCUCACAAAGGAUUCAAGUACCUGUACCUGACCCCACAAGACUAUACCAGAAUCAGCUCCCUGAACUCCGUGCACUGUAAGCACAUCGAGGAUGGAGGGGAGUCCAGGUAUGUGAUCACUGACAUCAUCGGGAAGGAUGACGGGCUGGGUGUGGAGAACCUGAGGGGCUCAGGCACGAUUGCUGGGGAGUCCUCUCGGGCCUACGAGGAGAUCGUCACCAUCAGCUUGGUGACCUGCCGAGCCCUGGGUAUUGGGGCCUACUUGGUGAGGCUGGGCCAGCGCGUGAUCCAGGUGGAGAAUUCCCACAUCAUCCUGACCGGAGCAGGGGCACUCAACAAGGUCCUGGGGAGGGAGGUUUACACAUCCAACAACCAGCUGGGCGGUGUGCAGAUCAUGCACUACAACGGUGUCUCGCAUAUCACUGUCCCUGACGACUUUGAGGGCGUUUAUACCAUCCUUGAGUGGCUAUCCUAUAUGCCAAAGGAUAAUCGCAGCCCAGUCCCUAUCAUCACUCCCACUGACCCCAUUGACAGAGAAAUUGAAUUCUGCCCAUCCAGAGCACCUUAUGACCCCCGGUGGAUGCUUGCUGGAAGACCUCACCCAACUCAGAAGGGGGCCUGGCAGAGUGGAUUCUUCGACCAGGGAAGUUUCAGAGAAAUCAUGGCACCCUGGGCCCAGACUGUGGUGACAGGACGAGCCAGGCUGGGGGGCAUGCCCGUUGGAGUGAUAGCUGUGGAGACACGGACCGUGGAGGUGGCCGUCCCCGCAGACCCCGCCAACCUGGAUUCCGAGGCCAAGAUUAUCCAGCAGGCGGGCCAGGUAUGGUUCCCCGACUCGGCCUAUAAGACAGCUCAGGCCGUGAAGGAUUUCAACCGGGAGAAGCUGCCCCUGAUGAUCUUCGCCAACUGGAGGGGGUUCUCCGGUGGCAUGAAAGACAUGUAUGACCAGGUGCUGAAGUUUGGGUCCUACAUCGUGGAUGGCCUGAGACAGUACACACAGCCCAUCCUUAUCUACAUCCCACCUUAUGCGGAGCUGCGUGGAGGCUCCUGGGUGGUCUUAGACUCCACCAUCAACCCGCUGUGCAUAGAAAUGUAUGCCGACAAAGAGAGCAGGGGUGGUGUUCUGGAGCCAGAGGGAACUGUGGAGAUCAAGUUCCGAAAUAAAGAAUUGAUAAAGGCCAUAAAGAGGAUUGACCCAACGUACAAAAAGCUUGUGGAGAAGCUAGGAGCACCUAAUCUCUCUGACAAGGACCGAAAGGACCUGGAGAGCCUACUGAAGGCCCGGGAGGACCUGCUGCUCCCCAUCUACCACCAGGUGGCACUGCAGUUCGCGGACCUGCACGACACGCCGGGCAGGAUGCUGGAGAAGGGGGUCAUUUCCGACAUCCUGGAGUGGAAGACAGCACGCACCUUCCUGUACUGGCGCCUGCGCCGCCUGCUGCUAGAGGAGCAGGUCAAGCAGGAGAUCCUGCGGGCCGCUGGGGAGCUGAGCCACGUACACGUCCAGUCCAUGCUGCGCCGCUGGUUCAUGGAGACUGAGGGAGCUGUCAAGGCUUACCUGUGGGACAACAAUGAGGUGGCGGUGCGGUGGCUGGAGCAGCACUGGCAGGUGGAGGACGGACUGCAAUCCACCAUCCGUGAGAACAUCAAGUACCUGAAGCGAGACUUCGUCCUCAAGACCAUCCGCAGCCUGGUCCAGGAGAAUCCCGAGGUGGCUGUGGACAGCAUGAUCCUCAUGAGCCAGCAUGUCAGUCAAGCUGAGCGGGCCCAGGUCGCCCACCUCCUGUCCACCAUGGAGAAUCCAGCCUCCACCUGA